CAUGCUAGCUGCCGGUCGAUUAUGGAGGUGGCCCCAGAAGGGAAGGGCACUUUGGAUGUUAAGUACUCUCUGAGAGCAGAGCUGUUUUAUUAUUCCAGGAACCAUGGCAAGAGAGACCACCCGAGCAUUACGGUUGUGUCUCCAUCACAUGGCUCUGCUCCGAAGACCCCCACAUCCCGCCGCAUCGCUCCAAAGAAAUAGACCCUUCAGCUCACUAAGGGAAGGUAAGCGCCGGGGGCUGUUAUGGAAGACACUUGUUGGCGUGUCUGUCGGCGUGCCCGUGGCAGUGGGGGUCCGGUAUGCUGCGUCCGAACCCAGAGACAGGAGGAGGAUGAAGAUUCUGACUGAAGGAUUUGGUCGCUUCUGCAGAUGUCUCUCUGUGGGAAUCGUGAUCUCUGGGGAUUACUGGUGGACCACUAACGUGGCUCUUCGCGGCCAAGAUGAGAGCAGCCCAUCCUACCUGGCCAAGAUGUCGGCCUGCCACCAACGGGCAGCCGAGUGCAUGGUGGGAGGAGCCCUGAGCAACGGAGGAAUAUACAUCAAACUCGGCCAAGGUCUGUGUUCCUUCAACCACCUGCUGCCCCCAGAGUACAUCCGCACCCUGCAAAUACUGGAAGACAAGGCCCUGAACCGGAGGUACAAAGAGGUGGAUGCUCUCUUCCAGGAAGACUUCAACAAAACCCCGAAGCAGCUUUUUAAAGAGUUCGACUAUGAGCCCAUCGCUGCUGCCAGCUUGGCCCAGGUUCAUAAGGCGGAGCUGUUUGACGGGACCCCCGUCGCCGUGAAGGUGCAGUACAUUGACCUCAGGGAUCGGUUUGACGGCGAUAUCAGAACAUUGGAGAUCCUGCUGGAUGUCGUGAAGUUCAUGCACCCCACCUUUGGAUUCCGAUGGGUUCUUAAGGACUUGAAGGGAACAUUGGGUCAAGAGCUGGAUUUUGAGAACGAGGCCAAGAAUUCAGAGAGGUGCGCGGAGGAGCUGAAACACUUCAGUUUUGUUGUCGUACCCAAAGUGUUCUGGGAGCAAACCAGUAAGAGAGUGAUGACGGCAGAGUUCUGCGACGGCUGCAAAAUCAACGACGUGGAAGAAAUUAAAAGACAAGGGUUGAGUUUGAAAGAUGCCGCAGAUAAGCUGAUCCGAACAUUUGCCGAGCAAAUAUUCUACACCGGUUUCAUCCACGCCGACCCGCAUCCGGGAAACGUUCUAGUGAGACGAGGUCCUGACAACAAGGCACAGUUGGUUCUCUUGGACCACGGCUUGUACGAACACCUCAGCCAGCGUGACCGAGUGGCACUCUGUAAACUGUGGCGGUCCGUAGUCCUGAGAGACGAGGCAGCAAUGGAGGAGCACUCCAAAGCACUUGGUGUCAAAGAGUACUUCCUCUUCUGCGAGAUGCUGCUGCAGCGGCCCAUCAACAUGCGUGAGCUGGGUCUGUCCAACAUCCUGAGCCGAGAGGAGACGACCUACAUGCGCGAGAUGGCCAGCGAGCGCUUCGACAGCAUCAUGCGCGUGCUGAAGUCGAUGCCCCGGCCCAUGCUGCUCGUGUUCCGGAACAUCAACACGGUCCGAAGCAUCAACAUCAGCCUGGGAGCGCCGGUGGACCGCUACUUUGUCAUGGCCAAGAGUGCGGUGCGAGGCUGGGGGAACAUCCAGGCAGCGAGGACGGGGGUGCUGCCCAGGCUCUGGGUCUUCCGCUGGGUGAGGACGACAUGGGAGGGCCUUAAGUUCGAACUGGCUUUAAGGUGGGAGAUGGCAGCGAUGAGUCUGACGCGCUCCUUCCUGGGCCUGCUGUCCUACGUCGGUCUCGUAUCUCUGGACGCAGACGUGUACGAGUACCUGAGGUAGUGCGCAGACGUCUCUCUACGAAGGAACUAUUCCAAGCACAAGUUGAUCCAACAGCAAUGAGUUAUUUCCACUACUGUAGCAGCUCUAAAUGCUGCUAGUAAUGGUCACGCGGAUUCAACACCAAAUCAGCCGGGACUCUGGUGUCAGACUGGACUGCAGCACUGUGAAGACCCAAACCCGCUGUAGUGAGGCCUCCCAGAGGCCAGAACUUUACAGCCCAUCGUAAGGCUUUGAAUUCAAUCAUAUUUUUGGUGUACUUUAAAUUUUGUUUUUGUGUAAUCAUAGCAAUUGAAACAUUUUAAACUGCAGAUUAUGUUUAAAGAACUAUUCAGCAGUCGAUGUAUUCUGAGUUAAGCGGAAGAACAACAAGCUACACAAGACGAUGUUAAGCUGCAGCUCAACUAUGUGAGAAACCGCAGCUUUGAUGACGGCAAUACAGAUUAUAGGUUUAUGUUCAUCAUUGUCUGAUUAACAGUUUGUGUUCUGUGUUACACGGAUGGAAGCUUCGCUGUUGGUGGUUUGGCUUCUUUUCUUCUGAGUCCACUCAGUCCAGUGCCAGCGAACCAAAUGUUAAAUUAUUUUAACAAUGUAAAUAAAAUGUUCUACCUCCUUCUUUAAGGCAUCAUUGUCUUUCCAGCUCAAUAAACACACACGAGCCUUGUGUAAAUUAC